UCUGUCUUUUCUGUUUUAAUUGAGCACCCUUUUGAUUUGCCAGGGAGACAUGAAGAAGCUUGUGUAUCUCAUCUUCCUGGUCUCCUUGUCAGAAGUGUCUACAGCUGAGAAAGUUACAGUGGUUUACGGUGUUGAAGGGGAACCCAUUUCCAUCAAUUGCUCCUACAGUCUUCAGAAGAACAAGUGGAGAGAGAAAAGUUGGUGUAAGCACAUCAGUGAGGCAGAGUGCCAGCAUGUUGUCACUGCCCGACGUUUUUGGUUGCCCUUUCUCAAGCGAAGGAAUGGCACCACUGCCAUUGCUGACAAUAUCCAGGAAGGGGUUCUCACAGUAACCAUCAACCCACUCCAGAAACAGGAUGCUGGUUGGUAUCAGUGUAUGACAAACUUCUUGGGGAUUGUGAGCACCCUGCAGAAGGUCAAGGUGAAUGUUCUGACAAACCUAGAAAACCCUAACAUACAAGAAACACCCAGAAUACUUCACAGCAUCUCCAGCUCCCCUUCAAAUGCUGGAGUCAAUCUCACCUUCCUGGUGACUGGCUUUCUUGGUUUCAAACUACUGGCUGCUAUUAUCAUCUUCACUGUUGCCAGAAGCAAGAAGAACAGAACUACUGGGAAUGAGAGCAGAGGAGAAAAUGGGCAUUUUCACCUCCCAAUCAUCACAGGUGACAGCAUAAGGACAUAAAAAGAGCCCUGCAGGAUCAAACCAAACCUUAUCUAGUCUAACAGCCAACCAGAGGCUUUUAGAAAUCCCACAGGUAGUACAUGAAACCAAUAGCAUUCUCUUAAUGUUAUCUAUCUCUGCUCUAGAGGCAAUACAUGGCACUCAUCACUCACUGAUACCCUUGUCUUCUGCUAAAUUUGCCUAAUACCCAUGAAAGCCAUCUUGUGGUAUGAGUUCCAUCACCUACAUCCAUGCAAGGUGAAGUAGUACCCUGAAUAUGAGAAAUUGAAAGCUGGUUAUAGUAGAGAGGUUUGUUCUUCAAGACCCCUUAUGUAGAAAAGUAACUGGGCAUGGAUAGCUUUAUAUGCUUCCUGUGUCUUGCACAUCACAAUAUAUUCACUUUGUAUGCAAAGCUGAAAAUUAUGAGAGAAGAAGAGCCCAAAUAAGCACAUUGACUCCUGCAGAGCAAGGGUUUCUUGAGUUCCACUGCCAAGACAUGCUACCUAGUCAUUCUGUAGAACUGAACAAUUUCCACAUUUCCAAUAACAUCCCAGAAUUCUAGACCCCAUUUUCAGUUACUCCGGAAAACUGAUCACCCUGGAAAGAAUAACUGCCUGCAUUGUGCCUCCUUAAGUGAGCACUUGUUUUGCUUGUGUUUUUGAGCCAGUUCCAAUUCAAAUGUAGUUUCUCCUAGGAACCUCAGAAAGUUCUCAGAAAUUGAGAACUUAUUGGUUCCUAUCAUCAUCUUAAUUAUUGCCAAAAGCAAGAAGAACCAAACAGAUGCUGAGAACUUGUUUCAGAAACUCUUACCGCUCUAGAGAAAACUUCUGUGCCAUUUUUAAUGCAGACACUGAAGCAAUGAGUCAGGACUUUAAAAUCAUGCAACCAACUGCAGAUCAUGAGUUCUUCAAAUGACUCAUUGGCUGGUGUUGCUUUUGGAUCCUGAACCUUUGCUGUUUCUUUUUUUAGUCUUGUUUCUAAAACUCAGUGGUAAAAACUAUUGUUUAAAGGCAGUUUCAGUACACUAAAGUAUUUUGCUGCUUUUAAAAGAAUAACUCAUAUAACAGUUAUGGCCAUUGGCUUUACCCGUCCCUCUGCCUCAUUUCAUUUUAUUACUCUUCCGCCUGUUCCUGUUUCCAGCAUAACAGGAAAGAACUGGCAAGAGUGAACUUGAUAGAAGGAGAAGAACAAGUAAGAAUUCAUAGAUCAGUCCCUGUGAGUAAAGUCAAAAGACAGAUGAGAAAGAGUCCGAUACAGGGACUUUUGGAGUUCCCCUUGCAAAGCCAAAUUUGGCCAACAAGGCAAACUGCCUCAUCAUUGAGAAUCUGAAAUGAAUGCUCCUUGCAGUAGUGCUGUUAACCGCACUGUAUCUUGGUGAGCAAACUACACAAUGUAAGAAUAAAUAUAGCCUUUCUGAUUCUCCCCACUCUUUCUAUUGUAACAGAGGCAUAGCACAGAAAAAUAAGAGGUUGUAACAAAAUGUACAUAUCAGCAAGAAUUCAGUACAAAAGAAUAAAGAUGGAAUUUCCAUUC